UUUUGUUUCCUCAAUUUCAGUGAAAUACGAACUAAAAAGCCACGAAUAUGGCUGCCAAACCAGCUGGCAGUGAGCUCAGCAUGGAGAACAUUUCACUGGAGGCCCUUUCGCUGAGCGAAGGCAUCCAGGACUCGCCCGUCUGCAUUAUUGUGCUGGGCAUGGCUGGUUCCGGCAAGACGACUUUCACGCGCAGCCUCAUCCAGCACGCCCAGGAAAAGUUCAACCCGUAUGUAGUCAACCUGGACCCCGCAUGCCGCGAGGUGCCGUAUGCGACGCACAUCGACAUCCGCGACACAGUAAACUACAAGGAGGUUAUGAAGCAAUAUCAACUGGGACCCAAUGGCGGUAUAGUGACGGCCCUAAACAUGUUUACCACCAAGAUGGCCAAAUUCGCAGAGCUGGUGCGUCGGGCCGGGCAGCGUGGCCACAAGUGGUGCAUCAUCGACACACCUGGCCAGAUUGAAGUUUUCACCUGGUCGGCCUCGGGCAACAUCAUUACCGAAGGCUUGGCUACCAUGUUCCCCACCAUUAUUGUAUAUGUUAUGGAUGUGGUACGCUCCGCCUGUCCCACCACCUUCAUGUCCAACAUGCUCUACGCCUGCUCUAUUCUCUACAAGACCCGGCUGCCCUUCCUUGUGGCCUUGAAUAAGAUUGACCUGAAGGACUGCAGCUUUGUUCAGGAAUGGAUGACGGACUUUGAGGCCUACCAGGAUGCCCUCGAGCAGGAGCAGAGUUUCGUGAACAACCUCACACGCACCAUGUCCCUCACUCUGGACACCUUCUACGAGAACCUGGUCACCUGCGGUGUCUCGGCCAAGACAGGCGUCGGCUUUGCCCAGCUCAUAAAGCAUGUCCUCGACUGCGUGACGGAAUACGAGAAGGACUACAAGCCCGUGUACGAGAAGAUGCGAAAGGAGCGCCUUGCCGAGAAGCAAGCCACGCUACAGCCACCUUCCACGGUUGAAGAUUCGGGUACUGCAGUUCCCAUGGGCCUGGACCUCAAAGAUCCUCCUCCUUACUCUGGCAACAACAUGUUCCUGAUGGCCCCUGGUCUUGUGCCGCAGCAAAUGGAUUCUGAAGAGUUCGAGGAUGAUAUGGAGACUGAUGCCAAGGGCAACACCGAAGAGCAAAACUUUCAGACAUUUGUCCAGAGUCACCUGACGGCCCAGAAAACCAAGCGCAACAAAUUCAUUCAGGAGCAGCAAAAGCCUUAACGUGAUAUGCAGAGUUGAAUAUAAAUAUUUUGUAGGACUUAACCAUAACUUGUUGUCCCGAAGUGACCCCCAAACUGGAGGUGAGAUAAUAUAAUAUAAUAUAUUCUAUAUAAAGAAUGAUAAAACAUA